AUGGGUUACUUCGACAAGUAUCACCUAGAUUCGCGAUUCAAGUCGAUACGCACGGGUUACCAUCCGGGCGACCCGCGCUACCACUAUCAUGUUGUCGUGGAUUGGGACCAACGGCGCACCAUCACUGUCGGCACCUCAGAGGAGAAAGACGAGGAUUUCGUCUUCGAAGCCCUCAAUGAACAUAUCGAUGAUCUCCCCGAAGACGUUGUCUGCAUCAUCAUUUCAGAUGACUUCGAGCUGCUAUCGUCGUUCACCGACUCUGCCAAAGAUCGGACCUUAAUUCCUUACUACCCCGAGCCUCUCGAUUUCCCAUCACAGUUGCCAACCAUACGCCGCUCGCAACUCACGGAAAUCGACCGGUUAGGAGUCCAGACUGAUCGCGUCAUUUACGAAUCCGUGCCUGGGAAGACAAAGCACGCCGUUUUCAAGUAUUACAUAAACGAAGGCAACACUGCCAUGGUCUGGCACGAAAUCAACUGCACUUUAAGAAUUCCAGUUCACCCAAACAUUGUCCCCUUUGACCGCCUUGUUGUUGACUCAGCCGGCCCAGGGUUCCCGGAUAAGGUUGUGGGCUUUACCACUCCCUUUAUCCCAGGGGGGACGAUCAAGGAUGACAUCAAUCGUGUCUUUAAGCUCAAACAUCUCAGACAUCUUCUAACGGCUAUCGACUAUCUCAACCUCAGACUGGGCAUAGUCCACGGCGAUAUCUGCAGCUGGAACCUUCUCAUCAACCCGGAGACGGACGAACUCAAGAUCUUCGACUUCAAUCUUGCCUCCAAAUUGGGAUGGGAAGGCGACAGGAAGAACCAUGGUACGUUUGGCUACGAGGAAGAGCGCAACGAUGUCAAGCUGGCCGCCUUCACGCUCUACGAGAUCAUCACACAGGACUUGUCGUUUCGCGAAGAGCACUACCCGGAAGAUCUCGAUAUCUCCAUGGUUUUGCAGAAGGAAGAGUGGGUACGACACCCCGACGUUCGUCUUGAGGAAGGCAUCGAGGUCUCUGAGUAUCGACGCGUUCUUGAGGACUGGGUCGAAACUCGGAAAUUGGUUGAUGCCCAGAUGAAGGACUACAAGCAAGCGCCUGACUUUAUCGACUGGCCUUCUUCACCACCUCGCUUUCCGAUCUUGGACGACGAGGAGUGGGCUAGUUUUGGUGGUCGGUAUCGAAUGCGACAGAUGUUGAUUAAACGCGGUGAACCGUUCAUUAAAUGGGUGCGUCCGCCCUCUGUCGAUCUCCCUCUUCCAGAGGGUCAGCGCCUCCUUGCCACUGGAGAGGUAGUUGGCUAG